ACGCCAGCAGAGACAAGCGGUGGUGCACGGUCUGUUGAACUUAUCCAUUCGCUGCCCAUCCACCAUCAAUUUAUCGUCACUGGACCGGGUGCAGGGGCAGGGAUUAUUGACUUCUUGGAACUACAGUACGAACAGAACUUGAAGCACUGGUACAGUAUGUAUGAUACACGCUCUGUGCUCUGCUUUGACUGAUUCUUUGAUCGAUUGAUUUUCCCUAUGGCUACUUGGUCGGUACGGAAUCCGCAAGACUUCCUCCCACCGCUUUUCCUGUCCAACCGAACUGUUUUCCAUUCGCUCUUUUCCUGCCCGGUUGUCCAUCGAUUGUCGUUGACACGCAACCGCAAGCUACAGUGAGUGCGUACCCACUUAGUCACCACUCUCACCCGUUGUUUUUAAUCCAACCUUCCCACCAUCCUCCCCCCCUCCCCUGCCACUCUUGUUCCUCCCGUGGGGGACUUUUGACUGUCACUUCUUCAUCUCGACUCAGCCAUCAGUGCUUUCCCCCUUCCCCCUCCCCCCUCCCCCCUUCACGUCCUCUUGCUCUGCCCGCUUCCCCUCUCCCUUUCCAAUCCGCUACCACCACGGCCCCAGUCUACCCUGCUUCCUUCUUUUUUGUGCUUCUUCGACUUUCGUUCUUCCCAUUCCCCCCCCCCUCUUCAGCUGGAUCAAGGUAUGCCAUUCACCUCCACCCAGAGCCUUCCUCUUGUUUCACGGGCAGUGCCCCGUUGUCAUCUGGCUCAGCUAAGGAAGUCAUUGCAGCCUUUAAUCGUCCUCCUCACCCACACCUUCCGCAUCACCGCCACCUCCAGACCUUUCCAACCCUUCCAUCUUCAUCUCAUCCCACUCACCGUUCCGUCUCCUCCCCAUAGCUUAUCGAGGCCUUCACGGCGCUGGCUCGCCCAUAGAGUAAUUCGCUUAUUGGCUUUCUUGACAGAGUAGUUCGCAUCGGCCUGUGACACACUCCCUUCCUGGCUAGCUGCCCGUUUCGAGCUCGCGCGAGCCACCCUACGAUUGAGGGACGCUUCCAUCACUCACCCACCCUCCGCAGAGACACGGCGUUGUAAAACUCGCAUCCCGUUAGAACGGAGACGAGCCAACCACAGGGUCCAACUACCUGCGAAAACCUGCGAGGAACUGCGUGGCGUAGGAAACGGGAGAGAGAGGGAGGGAGCACAAUAAUUCAAGGAUUCGCAGCGGGUUAGAUAAAUGUGAUGGCUAUCGCGGACUUGGGCUUUUUCAUAACCAACUUUGUCAUUUUUGCCUAGCAGCAUAAGCUCCGCCCACACUCCUUAUUUUCUCCAGAAAAAAAGUUCCCACCUCUCCUCCAUCUACAAAUCACCACUACAACCCUUUCGUCCUAUCUGUUGCUUAUCCAUAGCUCGAAUAAUGUACGGACGGGAUUCACCACAGCUCCCUUGGGAUUCACCACGCCGGCGGACGACUGCCGGAGGUUUGGCUGGGGGCGAGAUUGAGCAGACGAGGAGGUUUUCUACAGGUCCCAACUAUGCUGGGAUGGACGGUUCGGGCACUUCUUCUGGUUCCGGGGGCUUUACAAAUGUUCCACCUGGAGGAGGAGGAGGACAUUCACGAGGAGCAUCGCAUGGGGGUUACUCAUCUGGUGCAUCGGGAGCUAGUGCGGGAAACGGUGGUGGUGGUGGUGGUGGUGGUGGUGAGAGAACCAAUAGAGAUAAAGUAAACCAGAUCAUACAGGCUUUCUUCAUGAAAGCUGCGAUGAUCAUCAUACAGACACGAUCGCAGACUAGACCAUUGGUGUCGAAAAAUGGCGUCAAGAAGGUUAACAAAUGGGUACGCUGGCCAUCCUUCUCGUAUUGUUUGCUAUUUUUUUGUCCUUACUGGUCUUCGAGCAUCGGUUACUGAUUCCUUUCUCCUUGUCCAAUUGUGUAGUUCAAUAUCGAGCUUGACGAGACGGAUAGCUUUCGAAGGGAGUUGGAUUUGUGGCGCUGCGGAGACUCGUUCGAACCGCGACCUCCGCCAUUAAUUAUUGAGACUUAUCUCGAUACUCGGGAUCUUACAACGAGCCAAUCUUUGGUGAUUUUAGAUGCUGAGGGAAAGAAGUGGAAUGUGGACGAGGCCACCGAUGCGGCUGCGGCCCGAGCUGGAUUGAAUGCGGGACCUCGAAGAAGUGUGCGCGGAGGGCCCGCUGGACACGAAGUGAUAUUGGAAAGGUGGACAGUAGAGUUGGGGUAAGCUUAAUUUUCUUUCCGUAUCCCUGUAGCAAUUCUCCGGUGAUCUGGCCUCUUCCACAUUUGGGGGGGGGUUUCAAUGACCUCGUCUGGGUCUCUGUGAUUGUCCUUUCUCUUUUCCUGUCCACAUUUCCCUGACGGGUUGAAGAAAUUUAACUGAUUAUACGGUUUGAAUCAGCGCUCCGUUUGACGUCGCACUUGCUCCGGAGCUCCCUGUUGUUUAUAAGAAGGGUAUUGUAAUGUUUCGUGCAUUGUAUUCAUAUGCUGGGCUUAUGCCCACUUGGAAAUUCCGUCGACGGUUGUCGAAAUCCAAGCUCAACCCGAGCGCUCUGAAGGUUAAUUGUCGGGUCAUUAAUGGCAAUGACUAUUCGCACCCCCCGAAGGAUCUCGAUCUUUUGUAUGUGCCGUUGUGUCAAGGCGAGGGUAACGUCGUUGAAACGUAUCAGAUUGAGAAGGUGGACAGUCCAGCAGGUUCUAUCAAAGUUGGUGUUUCUUAUCGACAGAACUGUGAUUUUAGGGUGGAUGACUCAGAGGCCUUGUUGAGCUCCCAAUUCUUGAAUCUGGAUGAACAGUUCUUCGGGCCACCGCCUGCUCCAAGAGACCCCUCUCAGCCUGCCGUAAGGGAAAUGAACUCGCUGCCGUCUGCUGGUAUGAAUCAACCUCCGAGGUCCGAGUUUAACCAGACUUACGGGAGUCUGUCAUCCUUUCACCAACAGGGUGCCAAUCCGAUUGGGGCGAGUCCGCUGUCUGCCCUACGAUCUGCUGCAGAAAUGGCUGAUAGAGCAUCCCCUGCUGGUUCGCCUGUUGAACGACCUACAGCCGGUUUGCGCUCCAUGCAUGGAUCGAAAGCGUCUCUCAGGAGCGUGGAUGGUGGUGGCACGCAGCGUCGAUCUUCCGUGUCGUUUAUGCAGCCGUUCAAGUCUCCUUCCUUGUCAGCUUCACCGGCGAAUUCUGACCAGGUAGCUUCAUCUCCGAGAACUUCGUUAAAUCGGAUGUCAACCCCUGUAGCCCCCCUUCAUCGACAACGACCAAGUCUCGGAGCUAUGCCCCCAUUGUCCAAUAAAAUGCCGCCGCAACCAAGCUUUGAGCAGAUAUCUGCCCAGCAUGCUGUUCCUAUUUCGAAUACUGGGUCUUCUCCAUUAGUUGCACAACCUAUGACUCGAAUUACAAGUAGCUUUGGUUCGCGUCGGCCUCGUAUUGCUUCAGGUGCGAGCCGCACGGACGAUGAUAACAAUAGUAGUGGAAAGGCUAGCUAUUCCUCGUCGGCCGCCCCCGGGUCCGGUCUCUAUGCGGAGACUGGUGCCAAUUCUAAUGAGGAUUUGCAAAUACGAGAUUUUAUGAAGUUAUUGGCCAAUGCUCAAAAUCAAACGUUGAAGAGUUUUGGAAGCUCUUCGGGAGAAGCUUCGAGUAAACGGACUGGAAAUGCCUUGUCAAAGUAUCAGAAGAUGAGAGAUUCACAUAUGAGUAUGGCGGACUCUUUCUCAUCAUCGCUCCUUCUCCAGCCAUCUUCGACCUCUCCCUUAACAUCAAGCAGACAUUUCUCCAAUGUUCCUGCAAUGAUACCCUCGACCGAAUUUUCGUCUUCCUCCUCGCCCGGAAAGCCUAUCUCUCCCCAUACACCUCAUACACCCGCCAUCCCCUCUAGGCUGAGUACGGGGCUGACGGCACGGCAUGUGCCGCGACCUGGCGGUCAGCAGAACCAUUCAGGAGAGGUAUCAUCGGAUGGUGGGGACAGGCCUGAUCGUGCUGCUACUACAUCUCCCCUUGAUAUACCAUCCCCUCCUCGUCCUUUUGGUCUGCGUAGGUCAAAUUCUAUGACUCAACAGCAACAGCGUAUUCAUGGCGAUUCCCUUGAUUUCGACCCAUUGGUUCCCUAUGGCCCGGAAAUGCGACAGAGUGCUAGCCUUGGCAGUAUUGACACGGCUUCGCUAAGUAUGAGCCGCCUUUUGGACCUCCAGAACGCAUCUGCGACUAAUUUGCCCGGGACUUCAGAAUCCGAACCGGGAACGCGCGAGGGUAACGUCGGGGAUGACGCUCCGGCUUUCGGUCCUAUAAGGGCACCACAGACCGAGGGCGAUGUUCCUCGAUCUCGGCAACGGCAUGCUACGUCCCACAGAGGCACUACAUAUUCGAGUGCUGGGUCUCCUGGGCAUUUGUCUCGCGGAAGAUUCCCAUCCAGAGGGAGGGGCGGCUCAACUCCUCCCGCUGCUAGAUCAACAUCUAGUUUAGAUCGGGGAGCGGGUGGCAGCUCCACGGAAGGGAGAACCCGUCCGUUGGGGGGACGAGUGACCGGUUGCACGAGGUCUGGGAUCUGUGGCGAGGAAGACGACCUCCUCUUCACAAUGAGCGAUAUGUCAGGCGCCCAGCAGUCUCGUAGAAGCCUAGAUCAGGAACGAGGCGGCAGGGACGGCUCAACCGGAUCCUCCGCUCGGCGAAGAGGUAGUCGUGGUGGGGGUGCAGGAAGUAUAGGGGAAGGCUCAAGGGGCGCUGGGUGGGGUUAA